AUGCUAGUUGACCACUUCAACAAAAAGAUGGAUGAUGUUUACUAUCCAGGCAAAGAACUUUCUUUGGAUGAGGCUAUGGUUUUGUGGCGCGGUCGGUUGAUUUUCCGACAGUACAUCAAAGGAAAGCGCCACAAGUAUGGCAUCAAACUGUACACUCUUUGUGAACCUGGUGGUCUCAUACUUCGUUUUCUUGUCUACUCAGGAUCUCUCAGUGACUUAGGUGGGAAAGGUCAUGCCACAAAGGUAGUACUACAUCUUAUGAGAGGGAAGCUCAACCAUGGUCACUCGUUGUACAUGGAUAAUUUUUACAAUAGCUUUCCUUUGGCCUACCAACUGCUUAGGAAGAAGACGUAUUGUACUGGCACACUUAGAGCAGACAGAAAGUACCUGCCAGAUGAGGUAAAAUCAGCCAAAGUAAAAAAAAGGUGA